GAAGAAGAAGAACGCAACAGAAGAAGAAGAGGUAGCAGCAGAGCACCAUGCCGCGUCGAGUGGUCGUUCAGUAACAGAAGACAAAUGGCCAAAUAGAAGUGUCCCUCUCUGUGCGCUUCAGCGAGUGUUCGGAGCAGCGCGCCCUGUUUUCAAACCCGCGCGUGAUGGUGACGACGCUGGAAAACAGCAGCGAAGCAGUGCUAUCUUCACGCUAACGUUAGCACAGUAUUGAACCAUCCGGCCACACACACUGUUGCAAAGUAAAAGGUUGCUGCGUUGUGGCUCUGCAGCAGCAAUGGCUGAAGCCGGAGCCCACCUGACCUCCACCGCUGCCAACGAGCAGCCGUCCAUCUUCGAGGUCCUGGCACAGGAGUCUCUGAUGGAGGCGGUCCGACCGGCACUGAGGCACGCUGUCAAGGUUCUGGCAGAGUUCAAUCCGUCCCGCUUUGGCUUCCUGUGGCGGCGCUUUGAUGAGCUCCACCUGCUGUUGGACCUGCUCCUCCAGAACCACUUCCUGUCCCACUGCAGCGCCUCCUUCUCCGAGAACUUCUACGGCCUGAAGAGAGUGUCGGGGGGGCUCCCCGUACGCGGGAAGCGGUGCUGGAGCUCACUCCUCCUCCUGUGCCUGGCGCCGUACCUGCGGGCCAAGCUGGAGGCGACGCUGGCGCGGCAAAGGGACGAGGAAGACUUCUCCAUCCGGCUGGCGCAGACCAGGAGGCAGAGGCUGUACCGGGCGGCCGUGGCGGCGUACCCGUACGUCAGCUCCGCCUGGCAGGCCUGGGUCUUCUGCCAGCAGCUGCUCUUUGUCUUUGGAGCCGCUGGCACCCAUAAUCCCUUGCUGUGGCUGGCCAGGGUCCGACUGACGCGACUCACUGCUCAGGAUAUCAGAGACAUGGAGCUAAAGAGCAGCAGAACUGGCAACCGAGCUGAGGGGAGCCUGGCGCAGAGAGCGUGGUGGCUGAUGUCGCAGGCGGUGCGGGGCACAGCUGUGUCCCUCUCCACCUCCCUCUCGCUGGGCAUCUUCUUCCUGCAGUUCCUGGAGUGGUGGUACUCCUCGGACAACCAGGACACUGUGAAGUCCCUCACCUCGCUGCCCGCUCCACCGCCCCCGCUCCGCCUGUGGCAGAGCGGGCGAGACUCUCCGUCUACUCGCGGCGAGGAAUUUCCGAUCCCCGGCGCCGACGGCAGGCACUGUCCGCUGUGCUGCGGGCUUCGCACCAACGCCACGGCGCUGUCCACCUCCGGCUUCGUCUUCUGCUACCGCUGCAUCUACACGUACGUGAAAGCCAACCGCCGAUGCCCGGUCACCGGCUACCCCACCGAGCCACAACACCUCAUCAAGAUCUACUCCCCGGAGAGUUAGUGCACAGCUACACUUUCCCAAAAUACUUUGAGAGAAAGGGAGCGGCCUUGUUUUAAAAGAACUCAUUCGUCAGCCGUUUCUAUUUUUAUAAAGCCUCCAAUGUACAAAGUGUUUGAUAAAUUGUUCAGUGAUACCAGCUGGAAUUUUCUCUCUGCUCACAUCACGUUUAAUAUUUAAUUGUUUCCAGUGGUAUUAAGGUGAUGGACAAUUCAUUUAAAAUGUUUUGUUUAACUGCAAUAAAUGUACAAUGUUCUCUGUGCAGUGUCCCAAACUCUACUCCUUGUUCAUGGAAAGGAAAUGUUAGCGGCUAAGCUAGCCAGUAGUAAGUUGUUGAUUGGAUGGCUGGAGUUUGUACGCAGUUUAUUUUUAAAGGCCGAUUCCAAUAUUUAACUGAUAAUAAAAAAACGUUUAAUCUUU